GUUGUUUCUCGAGCGCCGGUAGUAACAUGACAGUUGAACAACAGUUCCUCCCAAAAUGAGAUUACUAGCGACAUAACAGUUAAUUCGCAUUCAGGCCGGAUAGCUUUUAUCAUGUCAGCGUGAGCGGAAGCUGUCCUCGACCCUGCUUACACACACUCAGUCAUUUUUCGACGCACUAAAUUGUCAUCAUGUCGUUCCUGGUGGACUCGGUUAUUAUGUUCACCUCACAGGUGCUGUUCUUUGGAUUUGGCUGGUUGUUCUUUAUGCGGCAGCUGUUCAAAGACUAUGAGGUACGGCAGUAUGUUGUCCAGGUGGUUUUCUCUGUUACCUUUGCUUUUUCGUGUACCAUGUUUGAGCUCAUUAUCUUCGAGAUUCUGGGGGCCUUAAACAGCAGUUCCAGGUAUUUCCACUGGAAGUUGAAUUUGUAUGUGAUUCUGUUGGUUCUAAUCUUCGUGGUGCCUUUCUACAUCGGUUACUUUGUUGUCAGCAACAUACGCCUGUUGCAGAGACAGCGGCUUCUUUUUGCCUGUAUGGUGUGGUUUACCUUCAUGUAUUUCUUCUGGAAGUUGGGAGACCCAUUCCCCAUCUUGAGCCCGAAACAUGGGAUUCUGUCCAUUGAGCAGCUAAUCAGUCGUGUUGGUGUGAUUGGAGUCACCCUCAUGGCUCUGCUGUCUGGGUUUGGUGCUGUCAACUGUCCCUACACUUACAUGUCCUAUUUCCUCAGAAAUGUAACAGACAGUGACAUCCUUGCUCUGGAGAGACGGCUGCUCCAAACCAUGGACAUGAUUGUCAGCAAAAAGAAACGAAUUGCCAUGACACGGAGGCAGAUGUACCAACGUGGGGAAGACCAGAACAAACAAACAGGAUUCUGGGGCAUGAUCAAGAGUGUCACCUCUACACAAACAGGCAGUGAAAACCUCUCUCUGAUCCAGCAGGAGGUCGAUGCUCUUGAGGAGUUGAGUCGGCAACUUUUCCUUGAGACUGUAGACCUGCAAGCCACCAAGGAGCGAAUCGAGUACUCAAAGACAUUCCAGGGAAAAUACUUUAACUUCCUGGGCUACUUCUUUUCCAUCUACUGUGUGUGGAAAAUCUUCAUGGCCACUAUAAACAUAGUGUUUGAUAGAGUGGGAAAGACGGAUCCAGUGACGAGGGGCAUUGAAAUUACAGUAAAUUACCUGGGCAUCCAGUUUGAUGUCAAGUUUUGGUCCCAACACAUUUCUUUCAUCUUAGUGGGAAUAAUAAUCGUUACCUCCAUACGUGGCUUACUCAUCACCCUCACCAAGUUUUUCUACGCAAUAUCAAGCAGCAAGUCUUCCAAUGUCAUAGUGCUCGUCCUCGCUCAGAUCAUGGGGAUGUAUUUUGUGUCGUCUGUGCUGCUGAUGCGUAUGAGCAUGCCACUGGAGUAUCGCUCCAUUGUGACAGAGGUUCUGGGAGAGCUGCAGUUCAACUUCUACCACCGCUGGUUUGACGUCAUCUUCCUGGUCAGCGCCUUGUCCAGCAUCCUCUUCCUUUAUCUCGCCCACAAGCAGGCACCGGAAAAACACAUGGCGCUCUGAUCAAUGGAAGUACAUCACUUCUGUCUUGGACUCCUGAUGCAUUUUAAAUUUGGAAUUUAGAGAUAUCCAGAAAUUACAUUAUGGGACAUAGUUAUGUGGACUGCCUUUUCCUGAAUCAGGAAUGGUGGAUUUUUGGGAAUAAGUUUUGGGGAACUGUUGGGGCAUACAAAGAACAACUCUCUUGGACUUUCUUGAAAUUGAAGUAUUUACAGAAUGUUAUUCUUAGAUUUUUGAUUUUGUUCCUGCAAAUACAAACAUUUAAUUUUGUUUGCUAUGUUGUUUUCUUUCUUCACUGUCAUCACUGACCUGGGACCUGUUCUCCAUAUAUCACCUAAUAUUUUAGCUGGAUGAAACUGUAAAUGGUGUGGUGUGCUCUCACAUUUUUUUACAUUCUUGGAUUAUUUGUCACAGCAAGAUACCAAGCUCACACCUACUCAGCCACAGGUUUAUUUAUUAUAAAUUUGCAUCCAUACGUCUUCUUCCACAUAUCCAAUUCAGACACAGCUGUAAUCUUUACUGGCAAAAGGCAGAGUUAUCGCAGGGCUAACACAAAGGGACAAAUAGCCAUUCACACUCCCAUUCACACCCAAGUAAGAGUUGCCAGUUAACCUAACCCAUGCCUGUCUUUGACCCUGGAGAGAACUCACCCAUGUGGAGAACAUGCAGACUCCACACAGAAAGGCCCCAGCUGGCUGGCGGGCUGGUGGAUUUGACCUUCUUGCUGUGAGGUGCUAACCGCUGCACCACCAUGCUGCCUGUUUAUUAUAAAUGACAAAGAUUAAAUGACAAUCUGUAAGUUACCAUAUGACCAUUGCUGCAUGGUGAUUUGAUAAUAAUAGGAGCAUUUCAAGUGGCGAGAAUAGUACGUGAUUGUCACGAUCCUUUAGUGAACUUUGACUCAUUGCUGUUAGAGAGGUUCCGCUUUAUUAACAUUAAAACCGCAUAUUAAGAAACAAAGGUGGGAUUUUCUGUCUUUGCCCUUAAAUAAUUAUGAACAAUAUAUUUUGUG